AUGGCAGACCCGCAGCAGGGCGCGCCGGCGCCUGCCGCGAGCGCAAGUUCCAGCAGCUCCAGCGCUUCGUCGCCGUGCGUGUUGCCAGGGGAGCACAGUCAAUAUCCGAUCAACAUGGCGGUGGAUUUCACGCGAUUGCGGCCCAAUGCGCUGCGCAAGUAUUUGGCGUUCCACGGCAUCCCGGAGGUGCCUGGCAGCUCACGCGAGCAACUGGCAGUUACAGUGGCCAGGCACUUCAACCAGGAGUGCAAAAAAACUGAGGAAGGCUCCAGCAUCAAGUCUUUCGUGACUUAUCUCACGGGGUCUAACGAUACAGUCGAAGCGGCGGAGCUGUUGCGAGCGCAGCCAGCUCAGCGGUUGAAGCGCAAGAAAUACGACUUCGAUGACGGUGACAAGGAGAACCAGAGCCGACAGGUGACAAUCAGCAAUGGUGGGCGUAUGGAGGCUGUGUUGGCCGAGGAAGACAUUGACAACCUUUUCGACUUUGGCCAAGAUGGCAAUGCGGGGCUAGGCGGCGAGUUCCGUCCGUUUGUGGUCAAGAAGCGGCGGCCAGCGAACCCGGUCAAGAAGUCUCGAGGCACGAAUGGCCGCGGACGAGUCGAUAGCGGCGACGCUGAAAUGAUGCAGAAGAAGAAGAAGCGAAAAGGAAGACUCUACUGCACGUGCAAAGGAGCGAGCUUCGGCAACAUGAUCGCGUGCGACAACAAGAAAUGCCUGGAUCGAUCGAAUUGGUACCACAUGGGCUGCGUGGGCUUGGACCCCCUGGAAGAACCGCCGGAGACUUGGUACUGCCCAGCGUGCCAAGAGAACGACUCCGCAGACAUUCCGGAAAACCAGUAUCGUAAGCCUGUUGCGAGCGUGACGUAUGGAGAUAUGAUCGCGCACGCUUUGACCGUUCUGCCUGGAGGCAAAGGCUCCUUCAAGGAGAUCUGCGAGUUCGUCGAGGCCGAGUACGAGAGCCAACUUAACUGGAAGCUGGAGAGCGAUCAACGCAAGUCUCCAGUGUGGAAGUCCUCGGUACGCAAGAUCCUCUUCUCCAACGUGCGCUUCCGGAAACACCCCGAGGUCAAGGGCAUGUUCUGCCUGGCCGCGUGA